CAUUACGCUGGUUACAGAGAAACAAGAUGUCUGCGAGAGGGAGGCAAAGCGCGGAUCCUCUGGCGAAGAGAAUACCAGAAAACCCCAAGUACAAACACGUACGUGCUACUGUUGAUACAGGUGCAAGUCUGACAAAAUAUAUGUCUAAACUGGAAGAAAUGAAAAGAGACUACAAGUUCAGAAAAGAUGAGAUAUUUAAGAGAAUGAAAGUCACAACUUUUGUGCAGCUGGUCAUACAGGUUGCUGAUUAUGAUUCUCAAGCAGAUAUGCGCAAUGGAUCAGGGGAAGACACUGACAGGCCAGACACAGCUGAUUUGGAGGUUAGGAAAAUCCAGGAUGGUAAUGAGGCUGAAGAUAUGGCAUAUGGUGACAUAUCACAGAGAGACACUGAUCGUUCACGCCUUGAACAAGUGAUUCGAGGUGUGGGAGAAGUGGAUCUGAACAGUGAAAAACAUGAUGUCAUUCAACCUAUGAUCAGCCCUAGCAGCUGUCCCUACUUGCUACUAGAUAUCAGAGACCAAGAUGCUUACAAUGAGUGCCACAUCAUAACAGCUAAGAGUUACCCCAUCGCCAUGCUCUCUCGGUCUGUCAACUAUGAGACUAAGGACAUGCUCCAGUUUAAAAACCAACCAGGGAAAAUUAUUGUGAUCUAUGAUGAAGAUGAAAAAAUCUCUCACAGAGCAGCAACUACUCUAGUGCAGCGUGGUUACGAUAACUUGUUUAUGUUGUCUGGAGGACUGAAGGUUGCCUGUAGGCUAUUUCCGGAGGGGUUGAUCACUGGUACAGUGCCUACUAGCCUCCUUGACAGUAUACCCAACAACAAGCCCAAGAUGCAGUCUCAGUCCCCUGUUCCCCGGGUGCCUGCUGAUAAGACAGACUUCACACAAGAGGAUCUGGACAAAUUAUCGAUCUACACUGACAUGGCGCUUUGUGAUAACAGUAGUGCAAGUCGGCUGUCUCAAAAGGUACCACGAGGAGCCCGAACAUCCAGUGCAUCCACAGUGUUGUCAUCCAUCAAGCUCCAGCAUGUCAGGCCGUCCUGCUUUCAAACCUUAAAGUCAUAUGUACACCAAAGCCUUGACAUGGCAAAAAUAAGCGAGUGAAUAUUGUUGGGCUGAUCUGCAUGCAGCACUGGUCCUGCAGAGAUGAGUGCCAUUCAGUCGUGCAGUAGUAAUGUCACACAUUAAGACUCUGAGGAGCCUGCAGCACGUCUGACUGGAUGUGGUUCCUGUGGACAAGGAUGCUUACUGUCGUAUACCUUGGUGUGGACUUGGCACUGAACAUGCAGUGAUGCAGAUGACAGUUUAUUUAUUACAAAGUCCACUGUUAGUGGCAGAAAGAUUUAAUGCAUUGACCUUGUACCUUUGGUUUGUUGUUAGCAGGGUUUGACUACCACAAGGGGGAAACUUCUACUAAAACAGAGAGUGAAUAAAACUAAUGGGAUUAAGAAAAAUAUUUUAAUUCUCAUUCCUAUAUCCAUCUGCCACAUUUUGCACCCUUCCAGGUAUAACAUUUCAAACUUUACAUUAAAAGAUGAUUCCAUAUGUAUGUUUGUAUAGGAUAAAUGGACUUAAUUUUUUUGUCCACUGAAAUGUAUGCUAGUGGAAUACAAGUGAUGGGAAUAUGAUGCUCAAGACAGCUAUUCUUAUUUCAUGCAUGGCAUUUUUGAAUGUGGAAUACAUAACUUAUUUUAUAUUUGUAUUUUCUUAUUAUACACAAUAAUAAUUAAAGAAGUAAUUUUUGCUAGAAAGAAAAAGAUUUUUACUGUUUGCUAUAACUGUAAUACCCUUCAAGCAAGUUCCCCAUAUCUGAUUUGUGCUUUAUAAUAGGCACAUUUUUUUUUUUUAAAACAGGUCUGUGAUCAUUAUUAUCCGUCCGCAUAUAAAGCUGUUUGAGAUGGUACAGAAAGUGUUUUGCCAGUGUGCUACACCAUCAACAGUUUUCAGUGCCUCAUCAGAGUAGUAUUUCUUGACCUCCCAAAAGUUGAAUUGGAGCAAAUCAGGAAUUCUUGGGAGUUAGCUGUGGGCAUUUUGUGGGGGUAACCUUGUUUUAUAUUCUAACCCAAAAGUUGCAAAUGCAUUCCCACGAACUCCUUUUUUCCAGAAAGCGAAGAUCUUUUCUAAAUUACAGGGGUACCCUGGAUUUGUGCCAAAAGGCUGUCUCUAAAGGAUAAUUUAUUGAUGGAGGAGCACAUUUCCUAGGACCUACAGUGUCAAGAUGCUGUGAUAAAACUACCAAAAGUAUAGUAUUUACCAACAGCACUUGACCUUUACAUAGUACUCCACAAUAUGCAACACUUAUGACAAGGAUUCAAGACUCUGUAAAUACAACCAGCUUUUGUGUGUUUUUAAGAUAUUCUAAUAAGACAUUGUUAGUUUGGUGGAGGUGUAGAUCAUCUUUUGAGAGUGCAUAUUUGCUAUCUUGUAUCUUUAUGGCUUUCCAUUUUUACGUACUCUGCCAUUUCCCAUCUUAGUUUCACCUGCAAUGAUGUAUUUCACAAAUUAAAAAAAAUGUGCUGCCUACAGCUUUCUUUUGGAAGGUAAUUUUAAUGUUUGUAUCAAAGUAUUUGGUUGUACUGUCAUGAGAUUUUGUUUAUGUGCAUGCUGAUUUAUUUAUACAAUAUUAAAUUAUUUUAUCAAUUUCUUUGAACAGUACACUGUUCAGAGAUAUUUUAAAAAAAUAGUACAAAAGUGAUGACUGAAGAGUGAAAGAUGUUUUUGAGAUAUUU